AUGUCCCUGGGGGGGGAACUGGGGGUGCUGACACGAGGGGUCUCAGUUGAGGGAUGCGAGUUUGGGGUCUGGGGGCUCCUGAGGGUCCUGACCUGGGGCAUCCCAGGCAAUCCGCCCCGGGGGGGUCCCGGCGGUCCCAUCCCAGGCUCUGACCCGGGCGGUGCCCCCAACGCAGCGGUGCCCCCCGUCCCCCCCACAGGCCAUGGGCGAGCGACAGCCGGCUUCCACACCCCGGGGCGUGCCAGGAGGGGCGUGGCGGUGCCACCCACCCUCCGUGUCCCCCGUCGCCAGGCUGUGGCGGUGCACUGCACGCUGGGCCGCGGCCGGACCGGCACGCUGCUGGCCUGUUACCUGUGCCAGGAGCGGCACCUGGCCGCCCCCGACGCCAUCCGCGAGAUCCGGCGCCUCCGGCCCGGCUCCGUGGAGACCGCGGGGCAGGAGCAGGCUGUGAUCAGCUUCUGCCAGCUGCUCGCUGGGGAGCGAGGUGAGACCUGAGCACCUGGAUGGGAUCCGUGGAAUUGGGCACCCCAAAGUUCCCAGCCCCAUCUGUCCUCUCCUGCAUUAAAGGCUGGCCUGUGGCUUCUCUCCAGCUCUGAUUUUGGGGUACACAUUGGGGGGGAAUGCCUGCCACCCCAAAAUGCUGGAAUUCUCAGCAUCAUCUGUCCUCUCUGUUAAAGGAUGGCCUGUGGCCUCUCUCCAGCUCUGAUUUUGGGGUACACAUUGGGGGGGAGUGCCUGCCACCCCAAAAUGCUGGAGUU